UUACCGACCUAUGCUUCCUUUGGCGAUAUUUUUUGUAAUAGAUCUGUAAUCAUAAAAUCAUUCAUAUAAAUAACUAUCGUCAAAAUGGCUGUGUUUCGACAUUAUACAGCACAAUUCACAGUAUUACGCAUUAAAUAAAGCCAAUAGAAAUUGACAGUGUGUGGCAUUACGUUCAAUAUUUUGUUGCAGUUUGUGUUUUCUAGAUGUAAAACAAAACAAAGUUGAUACAACCCAGGUUUAUUUACAAUUAAACAAUGUGAUAAUUUAAUCAAGUGACUGAUAUUCGUUCGUCCAUCUUACAUCAUUCUGAACAAUUUUUGAUUCGCCAAACAUUUACACUCUAUUAACUGUAAAUUGCAAUUUAGAAUUAGACAUGAAUCCCUUGGAGAUUGAUAAAACAUUUCUUCGUAAUUCCGAAGAAACUGUGGGAAAGUGUUGACAAAUGAAAUUAAAUGAAUUUUCGAAGUGCGAGAUCUGCUGCAGUUAUUAAAAUUCAAUUGUUUACAUAACGAACUUCAACUUUUGUGGAUUAUUUCCAUCAGAUCAUCAAAUUGCGUUUCAAUAAAGUUAUUUAAAUAUUUUUAAAGAAACAAUGUCUGGAGAACAAUUUUCAUUGGUUUGGAACAGUUUUCCAACAAAUUUAUCCUCUGGAUUAUACACAUUACUAACUGAUGAACAAUUAGUUGACGUAACGUUAGCUGCUGAGGGCCAGAUACUACGUGCUCAUAAGUUAAUAUUGUCAGUUUGCAUACUUGUAACAACACAGGGAAACUCUUGCAAACAUCCAAUUGUAAUUUUAAAAGAUGUCAACUACCGUGAUCUGUCAGCAAUGCUUCAUUUUAUGUAUCAAGGAGAAGUUAACAUUAAACAAGAAGACAUUGCUAGUUUCUUGAAAGUGGCAGAGACUUUACAAAUAAAGGGUUUAACCACAGAAACAGGAGAGAAACUUGGAGAAACAUUAACGAAAAAUACAGAUAACUUGGAUCAAAUAUUUAAUGCAGAAGACAGCAGUAUUAAUUCUAUCAAUUCGGAUGCAAAUGCUCCUAUUUUUGACGAACAAAGGCAUUUUAUAGAGAAGAACCAACAAUGUCAAAAACAAUGUGUAUUAUCAAAAGAUGAUCUAGCUAACAAUGAAUUUACAGAAAAUACUAAUGUCAGUGACAUGCAUUGUCAGCAAGAAUCUUCUGAUUCAUCUCAUAACAUACAAGAUGUACAAACUGAUGUGGACAACAACAUUUCUACAAGUGUAAGAGAAGAAGAAGAACCAUUAGACUGUACAGCUGAUAUAAGUCACAUAGAGUCAACAAAGCAUGAACCAUUGGAUUAUACAAUUGACGUAGAUACAGAAGCAGGAUAUAAAACAUGUUUGCCUAACGAACCGCUUUAUAAACCUGAAGAAAAUUUACAAACAAAAGAUUAUAUGCCAGAUAUGCAAUUAGUACCUUACAGUCAGAAUACACAAACUCAAUCGUUUGGUUUAAGUAACAUGUCUAGUUUCGAAACUGAAUUUACAUACGAAACUGGUUGUCAUGGUAAAGGUCGCCGAACUGUUAAAGGUAUAUCCAACAACAGUUUGCCACUGGAAACAACUUUACGCGUUGUAUCUGAACUGGGACCAACUUUGCGUAUGGAAAGAGGCAAAGUUAUCCGAAUGUAUUCGUGUCCAUGGUGUCUUCGUCAUUUUACGCGUAAGGAAAAUCUUAAAUUACAUGUUCGAUAUAUUCACGGUCCGCUUGAAAGCCUAACAUGUAGACUUUGCGGUAAUAAAUAUAAAAACAGUAACAGUUUACGUGUACAUUCGUAUCUGUACCAUAACGCCAAUCGCGACAAACCUAACAAGUCAAUAGUAGAUGGUGGCGCAUGAAAUUAAAAUCGAACAAUUAAUAUUAAGAUUUGCAAGAAAUUAUUGCAUCGUAAAUGUAAUAUAAUUGAUGCGAUGUAGUUUUAUUCCCAAGAAAGUCUGACGUUUGUUGGCGAUUAACAAGAAACUUUAUAAAAAUUUAAUUAUUUAAUAUUUUUCUAUUUACAUUUUGUUUCAUAUAAUUAUGAAGCUAUUUAAAAAUGCUCGAUAAAUUUGGAGAUAUAUGAUAUUCUCCUAAUUAGCAGGUAUAAACUUAAUUAGACUUAAUAAAGACAAAUUUAGAAUCUGAACUCAAUUACAUAUUUUAUAUUAAACAGGUUACUUUAAAGAAAGAAAAUCAAUUGUAAACAUAUAUGUAUAUUAAUAUAUCAUUUUGUAAAUAUAUAUACAUUUGUAAUAAAAUAAAACAUUUACAAUUUUAUGUUCUUUUUAGAAAUCGUUACCUACCGAAGCAUCAUAACACACUCAUCAAUAUUAUGCAAAUUUAACACAAGAUAUCGCAUCAUAAAUUUUUAUGUUACUGCUUCAA